AUCACCUUUGACCAAUUCGAUCUGAGAUACAACGGCAGAGCAAAACCCACCGGCUCCGGCGACAAUUUGAGAAUUGGGAACAGUUUCUUCACGAGCAUUGUCUCUCAAUGGCGAUCCACAUGACGAGAUCUUCUUCGACCUUCGCUCUGGUAUUCAUGGUUUUGUUCUCGGCUUCUCUCGCGAGCUCGGAGGUGCCUUUCAUGGUGGUCCACAAGAAGGCGUCUCUCUCCCCCUUCAAAUCUGGAUCCGAACGCGUAUCCGUCACCAUCGACAUCUACAACCAGGGAUCCUCGACAGCCUACGAUGUGUCUGUGGCGGAUGAUGGCUGGAAUUCAGAUAUCUUCGAUAUUGUGAGCGGCAACACUUCAAUGUCAUGGGAAAAGCUCGACGUAGGGGAUGUUCUGUCACACUCGUUUGAAUUGGAGGCUAAGACGAAAGGCUUGUUCUACGGUUCACCAGCUGUGGUUACUUUCCGUGUUCCGUCAAAGGGUGUCCUUCAGGCAUAUUCAACUCCGAUAUUGCCUCUCGACGUUCUUGCGGAGAGAGUCCCCGAACAGAAGUUUGAAUGGGCAAAGAGAUUGGCGGCUAAGUAUGGAUCUCAUGUCUCCGUCAUCUCCCUUGUCGUAGCGUUUGCGUAUCUGAUCGCAUCCCCAUCAAAGGCAAGCAAGAAGAAGCGUUGAAGUGUAUGGAUAAAAAUCUCUUUGCCAUCAUCUUUUCCAUCUUCUCUUUUGUAGUUUUGGACCAGUUUAUUUUAUUCUCUCUUUUUUAGGAUUUACAAUUCAUACCAAAACCAGAAAAAGAGAUAAAUGCUAGGGAUUUUUACUUACUUUUGGAAUAAAUUUUAUUAUAAGA